UCAAUGCCAGACUAUGAUAAUGCCUCGUCAUGGCCACCGGGAACUGUGACACUUGAACGUAAGAUCUCUCUUUCUCUCUUUGAAGGUUAUGAGGUGGUACUCGUACCAGCUCCAUCCAUUGAUCCAAAUGAUCCUCUGAAUUGGAAAGCGUGGGAGAAGAAUCUCAAUAUCGCGCUAACACUCUUUUACUCUGUCCUUGUAUUCGCACUAAUAUCUGCAAUAACCCCGACAUGGGCACCAAUGAACAUCGAACUCGGCUUUAGUUAUGAGACGCUACAGAAUAGCUAUGCGACAGGCACGGCAGCUCUAGGUGUGGGGGCGCUACUAUUCAUCCCAUUCGCUCUCAAGUACGGGAGACGACCUAUCUACGUCCUCAGUUCCCUUGGACAAGUCGCUGUCGCGAUUUGGGCUGCGAAAAUGACGUCGACUGCUGACCUGUAUCUCAUACAAGUUUUCAACUGUCUGUUUGGAUCACUGGCUGAGGUCAUCGUCCAGAUGACUAUUGCUGAUGUAUUCUUCGUCCAUCAGCGAGGCUUGAUGAAUAACCUUUACGUCUGCACAAUGACCAUUGGUACUUCGAUGGCCGCGUUGGUCGCUGGCUACAUCACGGUAGGUCAAGGCUGGCGGUGGGUAUGGUGGUGGACCGCUAUCUGCAUGGGUGUCUGUCUUGUCCUCUUUGUGUUCUUUUACGAAGAGACCAAGUUCGUCCCACCCAUUGAAAGCUUUGCUGAAGCUGCUCAAACACCUGUCCACUCGGCUGGCAACAGGAUCACAGAUCCGGAUCUCAAAUUUGCGGACGAUCAGCUAAAACCUGUCGGGUCAAUUAUAACGGAGAUCGUACCUCCACGGAAUACCUAUAUCCAGCGCCUCAAGCCUUUGCACGCCACCCGCGGAAGUAUCAAGCAGCUUGCGCACCACAGCUACCAACCUCUUCUUGUCGAAUGCACGAUUCCGGCCGUGUUGUAUGUGGCUCUCCUGUACGGGCUCAUCACAGCCGCGCUACAGGUAUCUGUGACUUUGGUGGCAACAUACAUGCCGGCCCCACCUUACAACUUCUCCCCUAGCGCGGUGGGUCUGAUGAGUCUUCCCCCUUUGAUCGGCAACAUUAUUGGCACAGCAUUGAGCGCACCGUUCACCGAUCGUCUUAUCAUCUACCUGGCUCGCAGAAACAAAGGAAUCUACGAGCCCGAGAUGCGCCUUUGGCUCCUCCUUGUGUUCGCGCCAGUCUACCCAGCUGCAUUGCUUCUUACUGGAUAUGCCCUCGGAAAAGGCAUGAGCUGGCCAGUCGUUGCUGUUGGACUGGGCCUCCAGGGGUUCGCCAUGCCACCAAUUGCUAGCGUUGCGCUUACGUACCUCACGGAUGCAUACACGGAUAUCAUUGCCGAUGCCGUCAUCGGUGUAACCUUUACUCGCAAUCUUAUGGCCACGAUCUUCGUUCUCGUUCUCACACCCUGGGUGCAGCGAGUUCAGCUACACAACGUCAUGCUCACUUUCGCUAUGAUGACACUUCCAGUACUCUUAGGUGGUACCGUGGCUCUGAUCAUAUAUGGGAAGAGACUAAGAUGCUGGACUAAGGAUCGAUAUCAUCUCUACGCGGCCAGACAGAUGGAUACCAGGUCGUGAUGC